AUUAUUUUUAAUCACAACCAUUAAUUAUCUUAGUAGAUGAUUAUUACUAAUUCUAAAUUUAGCAUUUAUCAUGCUCUAUAAAUUUACUCAUUCUUAUUUUGCACUCAAGCAGAAUAAUCACAAACAUCCACUAAAUAAUAGACAAAGGAGAUCGAUGUAGUGAUCUGCCCACUACCUAUUGGUAGUGGAGAGGAUUCGAACCCAAGAGAUUACCUCAGACUUUGACUGGUUGAUUAUGGGAAACAAUUGGUCAUUGCCGUUUGGAUUUGAUGUGAAGAAAGGGGAGAGUGGGUGCAUGUAGAAAGAACAGGGGCAUUGCGGUUACUAGAGGAAAAUAAGCACGCUUGUGGCAUAAGUAGCUUGCACACCGCACACGCUAUAUUAAACUCAACUUAAAGCUAUAAUCUUUACUUCAAACAAUGAUUUUCGAUCUUAUCACCUCACCUCACCUCACGUUCCCUUCUACUGGAUCAUGCCUAAUCGUUGAGUGUUAAUUCCCCCCAAAUUAAACAGCUAAUCAAGGACAGGAAGUUUAUUCUUCCUUCUCUUUUUAUAAUUUAAGAUUUCAGAACGUUUGACUCAGCACCAAUCAUCCAUUCCAACUACAUAACACAAUAGCAAGCAGUACGUACGUAUGUCGAGGGAUAAGCAUCUAGAAACUAGCAAGUCAGAAAUUAUGGGGAGCAGCGGGAAGCGGCUGAGAUCAAAAUCAACAACCGUGCUCUCUCCCCUCCUGCUUCUCCUCCUCCUCCAAAUCCAUCAAACCCUAACCCUAGCUACCAAUGAGACUAGCCCUAAGGUGCCAGCCCUCAUAGUGUUUGGAGACUCAGUUGUGGAUCCAGGCAACAACAACGCAAUCAUCACUACAACCAGGUGCAACUUCCCGCCAUACGGCAAGGAUUUUGUUGGCCAUCGGGCCACAGGAAGGUUCAGCAACGGGAAGACUCCCUCCGACCUCUUUGCAUCUCAACUGGGGAUAAAGGAGUACUUACCAGCAUAUCUCGGGACGAAAUUGAGUCGCGAGGACCUCCUCACUGGUGUAAACUUCGCAUCUGGCGGCUCUGGAUAUGAUCCCCAAACUGCCCGUUUAGUGUCAGUUUUAAGUGCGACUGAUCAGCUAAACCUAUUCAAAGAAUACAAGGAGAAGCUGAAGAUCAUUGCAGGAGAAGAAAGAGCAGCAGACAUCAUCACGAAGAGUAUAUAUCUCGUUGUCUUGGGAACUAAUGACUUAUCAACCACUUAUUUUACCAUGCCACUUCGAAAAUUGGAGUAUGAUCUUCCUUCUUACAUCAAAUUUGUGGUACAACAAGCUUCCAGCUUUUAUCAGGUACAUCUAUCCAUUUACGGGGAGCUUUCGCUCUACUUAAAUUCAUUUGUCCCUUUUGAUGUUGCUAAGGGGGAGAAAUUUGACAAAACCAACAAUGUUGCUGCAGGCAUGGAUGGAAUUUCGAGCCUUAACGAUAUAUUCCAAUGGAGUCGUUGGCGGAGUAUGUUGGAGCUGAAGCAAGAGCUUUAUAAAUCAGGUGCACGGAAGAUUGGAGUCUUAGGAAUUCCUCCUAUAGGAUCUCUACCAUCAAAAAGAACAAGUGCAGGAGGUAUAAAAAGGGACAGUGUGCCUCUUUAUAAUGAAGCCUCCAUGAUGCUUAACAGAGAGCUAUCCUUGGAGAUACAAAGGCUUAACAGCAAAUUACCCGGAUCAAGGAUAGUCUAUGUAGAUAUCUACACACCUUUGCUUGAUAGGAUCUCGAAUCCAUCUGCCUAUGCAAAAAUGGGAAGCAUUAAGCUAGUGAGAGCUACAUCAACUGUAUUUUCUCUCCUCAUUUUUAUGCUUCAAAUCCAUCAAACCCUAGCCCUAGAAGAAAACAAGACUACCCCUAAGGUCCCGGCUCUUAUAGUGUUUGGGGACUCAAUUGUGGAUCCAGGCAACAACAACGCAAUCGAAACUCUAGUGAGGUGUGACUUUCCUCCAUAUGGGAAGGAUUUUGUUGGUCAUCUAGCCACCGGGAGGUUUAGCAACGGGAAAGUUCCCUCUGAUUUCUUAGCAUCCCAAUUGGGCAUAAAGGAGUACUUACCAGCGUAUCUCGGGACGAAAUUGAGUCCUGAGGAGCUCCUCACUGGUGUAAGCUUCGCAUCUGGAGGCUGUGGAUAUGAUCCCCAGACUGCCCUAUUAGUGUCAGCUUUAAAUAUGACCGAUCAACUAAACCUAUUCAAAGAAUACAAGGAGAAGGUGAAGAUCAUUGCUGGAGAAGAAAAAGCAGUAGACAUCAUCACCAAGAGUAUAUAUUUCAUUGCAACAGGAACCGAUGAUAUAGCAAACACCUAUUUUACGGCACAAAUUCGAAAGUUGGAGUAUGAUCUUCCUUCCUACAUCAAAUAUUUGGUUCAACAAGCUUCGAGCUUUUACCAGGAGCUGUAUAAAUCAGGUGCACGAAAGAUUGUCAUUCUAGGAGCUCCUCCAAUAGGAUGUGUACCAUCACAGAGAACACUAGCAGGAGGUAUAGAAAGGGAUUGUGUGCCUCUUUACAAUGAAGCCGCCAUGAUGCUUAAUAAAGAGCUAGCCAUGGAGAUACAAAGGCUUAACAGCACUUUACCAGGAUCAAUGCUACUCUAUAUAGAUACCUACACACCUUUGCUUGAUAUGAUCUCAAGGCCCUCGGCCUAUGGUUUUAAGGUUUCCUCAAAGGGUUGUUGCGGCACAGGAACCUUUGAGGUCACAUUAACAUGCAAUAGUUGGACUACAAACAUAUGUGAUGAUGUUUCCGAGUACUUGUUUUGGGAUACUUAUCAUCCUACAGAGAGAGCCUAUCAGAUUUUGAUGACAAAAAUGCAACAGAAGUAUGGCUCCUACUUCAACUAAAUGAAGAAUCCUUGGCAUCACUCUUACAGCAACACUAUUGAAUUUGUUUUCUUCUUUAAGUACUACUUACAACAAAAAUUAUUUUCGAGAUGAUGUAUUGCUCCUCCUGAAUCUUCUGUGUUGUGUCCUGUAUGCUGGUAUAUCUGGUUCUCUUCCAAGAGACUUUUUAGUGAAACUUUUCCAUUUUUUGAAUGAAAAGUUACUAUAUUACUUUAUCCUUAACUAUAGCAAUCCUAAAAUUCAAGGAUCAGGGGACUGAUUAAUAUUUGUAUCUCAGCACUAAAGCAAGUGUUUACCUAACAGAUACAACCACAUAAAUAUUUACAGAAGAAACUAAGGUGUUAGCUAGUUGGAAAUGCACAUCAUCUAACAAUUGCCUACCAAUUUAAAGAACACGAUCUAUUGAGCACUCAAACAUUUCAAAAUGACAUUUUCCACUAAGGUCAAUUUUUGCGACAUGAGAUAACCUCUCCUCAAGAGGAGAAUUGCAUAUUAUGCUCAUUAUUCCUUAAUUCAAUAGUUGCUAUUGCUUUUCCCAGCUCCACAUAAGGACCAGAAGAUCAUUCCAUACGUCUCCAACUACAUAAAAGACAUGGUUAUUGUCACGCCCCGGGCCCGCGGGCGUGACAAAUGGUAUCAAAGCAGUUGCCAGCCGAAAGUGUGGAGCUAAGUGCUAUGCGGGGCUAAGUGCUACACCGUGUGAUUUGGUGGGAGCCACCUCUAGAGCCCGUUGGAGCCACCUCUAGAGUCCACAUCGCCCGGUGGUGAUACUGGGAUGUGCUAAUUGUCAUGCCACGACGAGGACGUCGCCUUUGUAAGGUGGGGUAAAUGUGACAUCCCACU